AAGUGUAUUCCUGUUAGUUUCCACUCAUACUGGACUCGUAUAAUUAAUUAUUACAAAACCAAUCACUGGUCAAACUGUGCACUUUUAUUAAUUCCACAAUUUGAAAGUAUGUUUAGAUAUAUUUUUUGCACAAUCAAUAACCAGCCUGAAAGAUUGUUGACUGCAGAUUGCAAAACGUUUUAUACAACACUUGAUGAAAUUUUUGAAGAAACUCGAUCAAACAAAAUAUACCAAGUGUAUGAUUACAAUUAUUUAAGUCUUGUGCAUGAUGUUUUUGUAUAUAUAUCAGGACCGAGACUACGGGAUAAAUUGAGUCAUGGAGAGAUUGAUUUUGAAUCUUUAGACCAAAAUGUGGUAAAAGUUUUGUUGAUUUUAGUAUCAUAUGGAAUUUUGGUGUUUGAAAACAAGGUUUGUCCUGUUUGGUUAAAAUGUGUGGAGACUUACAAAUGCUUGUAUCACAAAAAUGCUGUAUUUUUAAAACAUUUGCAAGAUGUGUUAAUACAAACUCAAACCUUAAACAAUGUCCUGACACCAGAAGACUUUAAAUUAAACUUAACACACAACAAAUAUUCAACAUCUACAAUCAACAUCUCAACUAUCAUACACCACAUCACCAAUUUACCAGUAUCAGUGUUCUUUCGACCAAAAAUUGAAAAAGAAUUAGUGACAAUACUCAAUCAAAUUAUGGAAAAUCUAUUUCUAUCUAUUAAAAAUUUCAAAGACAGUUUGGAUAUUAAAUAUAAAGCUUUUGUGGAACAUACAUUGAGAUCUAAGAGACGUGCAACUUAUCGACAGUUGUUACAAUUUUUACCAGAUUUUUAUGGAGCUGUUUUGAAAUUUUGUGGGUUUUUGUUGCGAGUGUUUGAGAUGGUGCAGGAGGAUAACGAGGAAAGGGAUUAUACGAACUUAUUAAGAAUUUUAAAAUCAAUGCUACAGUGUGCUGAAAACUUAACGAAAUAUUUACAUUCAGAACAUAAUCAAUGGAACGAAUCACUAAUGAUGAUUGACAGGACUUUUGAAGACAUGAAGAUUGCAAGAAAGGCCUACAUGGGCAUGAUGGCAGUGUCAUUCUUCUCGGUGAAUAGCUGGGACUUCAAGCGCGAAAAGUUUUGGGCCCUGGCCAAAAAUUUAAAGGAUUGCGACAGGUAA